CCCUUAUGUUGUAAAAAAGACAAUUCGCAUUUGCUACAGUUUGGGUGAAUAUGUAUUUUAUAUUAAAUUACAGUUGCGAGGAGCUAAUAUUCCAAUUAAAUUGUGAAGGGCGACCAGAUUUAUAUCUCUGAACGAUGGCGUACUUUCGUUACUUCUAUGGUAGUAUUCGGUUUCAAAACAGUGUAAAUGUAGGUAUAGGCUGAAGGGUGGUAUGGUGUAGGGCCUGGUGGGUGGAGGUGCUUUAGGGAUACCUUGUAGGUAUAGGAAUUAAGAAAAUGGCGAGGGAUGGCGACAAUUCUAAUGAAGUAUUUUCGAAUAUUAAUGAACGUCCUGUAGAUGAUAUUUCCCUUGAAUUUUUCUACAAACCCCACACCAUAACGUUGCUUACUGUGUCAAUCGCUGCUGUAAUAUAUUCUGCAUUUACACGAGAUGAACAAGACAUGCAGAAUAACAUAAGAGCAGGGAUCUUGUGUGUUAUAUUCUUUUUCCUGAUAAUUUCCGUUUUGGCAUUCCCAAAUGGACCAUUUACAAGACCUCAUCCAGCGGUGUGGCGGAUGGUAUUUGGAAUGAGUGUGCUCUAUCUCCUUGCUCUACUGUUUAUAUUAUUUCAGAGUUACAAGACUGUAAAAUCAAUAAUUUUAUGGAUUGACCCUUCCUUAAAAGAUUUUCACAUAGACAUGGACAAGGAAUAUGGUGUUAAUUGCACGGAUGUAACAGUCGAGAGAAUAUGGAGUCACAUUGAUGUUUUUGCAGUGGGUCAUUAUUUCGGAUGGAUGUUCAAGGCUAUUCUUGUUAGGCACCUUGGCAUUUUGUGGGCUAUUAGUGUUAUGUGGGAAUUUACUGAGAUAGCAUUUGCUCAUCUUCUACCAAACUUUAUUGAAUGCUGGUGGGAUGCUCUAAUAUUAGAUGUACUUGUGUGCAAUGGAUUGGGAAUUUGGUGUGGCUUGAAGAUUUGCAAGUAUCUGGAGAUGAGAGAAUAUAAAUGGGUUAGCAUAAGGGAUAUUCGAACAACUUCAGGGAAAAUAAAGCGUGCAGUUUUACAGUUCACACCUGGGAGUUGGAUGCAAGUUAGAUGGUUGGAUCCAUCUUGCACUUACAUGCGCUUUUUUGCUCUUUGCCAGCUUGUCAUUUUUUGGCAAGUCUCAGAGCUAAACACAUUUUUCCUUAAACACAUUUUUGAAAUGCCACCAUCCCACCCGAUUGUGGUUAUUCGACUUGUUCUUAUUGGUGUCUUUGUUGCACCGUCUGUUAGACAGUAUUAUAGUUACGUUACAAAUCCAUUGUGCAAACGUGUGGGAACACAGUGUUGGGUAUAUGGUGCUAUAAUGGUAACUGAAGCCAUUUUGUGCAUAAAGAAUGGCAAAGAGCUGUUUGAACGCACACAGGCAUUCAAUAUUGUCUUGUGGCUUCUACUGCAGCUGCUAACUUCUAUACUUUGCGUAUAUGGCUGUGUUCUGUGGCAUCGCUACAUACAGAAGGAAGAUGAAAUGUCAAGAGAAUCAUCUCCUUGCAAAACACCAGAUUCUGGGUUUGUUGAUCAGAAGUCUCACACAGAUGGUAUGACAUCAGAAUUAAUAGGCACUACUACAAACUGUCCAAAGUUCCCAUGGGAUUUAAAGAGACGUGCUGUAGUAUCCCGUGAGUCUCAGACGCCUGACACACACAGUCGCGCAUCUUUGUGAAUUAACAGAUCGUCUGUGUUAUAAACAGUGUGUGUCAGGUUUGUGGAGCCAGUUCCACAUGUGUGUGUGUUGUAAAUACAUUAGAAUACAGAAUGUUAAAUGCAGGUGAAUAUUUUUCUGAUGUCUGUAAAUUUGUGCAAUUUUGUAGAUUAUUUAUUAGACUUGAUGUAUAGUUCCUUAAUGUUGCUGUUGAAGUGUAGGAAAUGUCUUCAGUCAGAGUUUCUGCCUAAGAGUUUGAAAUGGAAUUGGGAUAUACCUUUUAGAAAAUGGUUUUGAUCUCAUUUGUUUCCCUCGUAUUUCAUGAAUUAUAUUUGUAUGUAAUCCAUAAUGUUGAUAACAACAUACUAAGUCAGAUUUAUCAAAAGUUUUAUGGUUGACACAUUAUAAUAUGUUAACAUGCUACAUUUUUUCAAUGAUUUCUUUGCAUUAUCAAUAUAUUCCACUUGUUUGGACUUAGUAUGUUACUCCUCUCUCUCUCUCUCUCUCUCUCUCUCUCUCUCUCUCUCUCUCCCUCCCUCCCUCCCUCCCUCCCUCCCUCCCUCCCUCCCUCCCUCCCUCCCUCCCUCCCUCCCUCCCUCCCUCCCCCUACUGUGUGUGUGUGUGUGUGUGUGAGAGAGAGAGAGGGGGGGGGGGGGGGUGGCGAGAGGUUGAGUUAAAGUGUAGAUGCAGGCAAAUCAAACUUUAUGUUACAUUAGUGUGACUAAUGAGGACAAGCCAUAAUUCUUUUACAGAGUACAAACAAAGUAGCAUGUUUUUUUCUGACAACAGUAAUAGAGUUUUUCAUUGCUUUCAGGAUAGUGUAAAUAGCUAAACCUGUAUGCCUGUUACAGGUUUUAAGACUUACUAACUCAGCAUAGCCGCCUUGCUACAUCUUUAUAAAUUGUUGAUACUUUGACAAGUUCUGCAGGGAUACUGUUUUAGCCUAAACAUAUCUCAGUGACAUUAUUUGUUUUGUGCAUAUUAUUGAGUUUGGUUUGUUUGUUUUAAUUUUGUACUGUCUUCCAUAAAACACAGAAUUAAGAUUAUUGAGAAUAUUUGCUAAAUUAUGUUCAGUACUUGUUGUACGUGAAUGUGUGGGUAUAUUUUGUCAAUACUUAAAUUUAGCAGCUUUUUAUACUAUCGAGAAUGAAAAGGCAGCCUAACUAUUUUUGGAAAAAUAUUUUUUGUAACACAUAAUUUAUAUUUUUCAUUUGUAUUGAUCUUUAUAAAUUGCAUUAUUGAAAUGGAUGUAAUUGUCUAAAAUUGUCACGUGGAAGCAAGAUCUUUUGCUUGUUGUUGUAGUUUUGUCUAGACAGUAGGUCUGCAGCUAUUGAAUUCUCAUGCACAAGUGAGGUUCAGCACAAAAACGUUAUCUUCAGCUUGGAAACUGUCUAAAGACUGUUUAUAAAUUAUUGUAUGCAUUAUGAGCAUUUCUAGUAGAAGAGUUUCUGUGUUUCAUAAACAACACAGAAUUAUGGGAUGCUUAUGUAUGUGUUACAUGAUAUGCAGCUUACUUUAUGUCUCUGAUGAGAGGAUUAGUGAAUAUGGAUAUUUUCAUGUGUCUUGUACAACUUUGCGAAUACUCUUAUCACAUUGUUACAUAUAUAUCCUUUGUGUAUGUUCAAGCUAAUGAAGAUCUUGAUCAUUGUUAUCCAUGCUUUUAUGUAUUGCAUAUUUCUAUUAUGUCUUCCUGAUAACAAGAUCUUGGUCAAUGUAAUCUGCAAACAAUGCAUUAUCUCUCAUCUGAUUCACUGGUCCAGGAAACAUUAUAUAUUUCUUUCAAAAUAAGUAUCUCUUACAUGAUUAAAGACCUUGAUGAGCUUUCCCACAAGAGCAGUACUUCUAGCUUAAUAUGUGCAAAUAUACAUAGUUUUAAUUGCAUUUUUUAAGUUUCCUAGUAAUAAUUAUAAUUACAGGUCAACCAAUACUCUGUGGCAGCAAUCUAUGCAUUAUACUUGACUGGUAUAAUUGGGAGGGGAAAUGGCAGGGGUGGGAGAGCUGUGAUUCAUAACAACGUAACUCGUGUCAAAUUAAUUUUUCUAGAAAAAUGCUCAUUUAUUUCCACAGAAAACUUAAUUCGUUGUGAUCAGAUCAAGUUUGGCCCAGAGAAAGUGAAUGAGAGUAAUAGGUUACAGAGACUUUUGUUAUUGGAUAUUAUUUACAGACCAACAGCAACAUUUUUGAUAGACGUAUACACAGCAAAGCAUGAAUAGCUGUAAUUUUUCUCCACAGUCUCACUAAAAGUGCCUCAUGGAGGACCUACAUUUGUCUAAUAAUGUUGUUGACUGUACAGUAACUUCAUUUGUAUUACUACCAUAUCCUAUGCCUCUCAGGAAAGUAUAAUAAAACAGACGAAUACUCUUUUAAUUGAUAUGGGAAUAUUUGCCAUAUACUUUUAUGGCACAAAAUCUAACAGCAUGGUCAUGUAAAGUAUUUCGUAAGGCAGACCUCUCUCAGAGUGUACUGUACAGUCAGGAUUUCACAGACUACCUUUAAUAUUCUUCUUCUUAUCUUUCGCUUAGUAUUAGAGUCAUUCACAUACUAAUAUCGGUGCUUUUUUAAUUAAUUACACAGUACACAAUUUCCUUAAAGCCUCAGAACAAAAUUAUUUCAUUCAAAACAUAAGUAAUCCAUUUUUGUUAGGAAUCCAUGUUAUAAUGGUACAUGUUGUUGUAUAGUGUAACUAAUAAGAUAGACUCUUAUGAAAAGUUCUUCUGAAAGGUAAUAGAGUAAACAUCAUUUUCAUUAUAAAUAUUUUUAAACAGUAUCCAUUCUUUGUCUUUACAGUAUCAACAUCUCAUUCCAUGUUUUGCAGGUAUCCUUACAUUGGGCAUCCGAGUUGUGUAAAAUUAUGUAUUGUAUAUGGAUCACAAAACAAACCCUUUUUUCCUCAUGCCACCUAAUAACCACCAUUUACAUUUUUCUCAUUGAACUUGAAGCUAAGAUACACCUCACUUGAUUAUCUCCUUGUGAAAAAUGUUUGCUUUCUUGGAGUUUUUAUUUAUCUUUGUGUCAUUAAGAGAGCAGCACAGAAUUUUCCAGAAAUGUUGUCCAGGACUCCUACACAUUUCACUCCCACUUCAGUUGCCAUUUACCCUGACCAAAAAAAAGCACACAGUUACCUGCUAACAUCUGUGGUUUUUUUCUGGAGCAAAGAAAAAAAAGAAGUAUGAGUCCUGUUUUCUUCAUUAGACACCACUUAGUACAAACAAGACUCUGUUGCGAAAUGAGCCUCAGUUUCCAAAUGUGUGCAUGUCAGCUUUAUUUUUCCUGUUUUGUAGUUUCAUCAUAAGUAUAGGUGGACCUGAGCCUUGUAAUCCUGUGAUCAAGUUCAUAGUCACAGUUUGUAUCCAGGAAGUAAAAGGGAGAAAUAUGAUUUCUUAGUGUUUUGUAAAAUAUAACACUUGCACUAUGAAACUAACAACAUGCCUUUUUAAAGAGGAAAGAAAUCUACUUAUGUCAUUGUGACUCUUGUGUGCAAUUGCUGUUUCCACAAGAUUAGACAAAAACUUAUGUUUCUAAUGUGUUACUGACCUCAAGUGUAAUUAAUUAGUUCCACUGUAUUUAAUUUAAGAAUUUGUGAUAUAGUGUUAAUGGAACACAUAAUGCUUGAAGAAAUGCUAAAUAUGAUAUUCCAUAUGUUAAAUGUGUAUAGCAAUUCUGAAUAAAUGCUAGUCUUCUAAUUUAUAUUUGCAUAAUCAAAACAUCAGAUUUGUGUACUGUAAACAAGAGUGUACUACAUUUGGUGGUGUAAGCUGACUGUUCAUGUUUAGCUUCAUAUAAAAAAAUUGUCGUUAUUGAGUUACUCUGUAUGGAUUUAAUGUCUCUUUUGGAAAAUGUACUUAAGUCAUCAUGGAGCAAAGUUUAUUGUUAUAUGCACCCAAAAACUGUCUGAAGCAUUGUCCUGAUAGUUAAAAGCAGAAUUGGUUUGUGAUUAAGCUCCAUUGUCAGUAAUACAAUUAUGAAAUGUGUCCUCAGGGAGUUGCUAUGUUUAACUGUUUGUUUUGCAUAAGGGGAAAAUAUAUCACAUUCAGUAAUUCAGAACUUGUAGCAAUCUGUUAGACCUCAUUCCCACAACAGUUAAAAAGUCAUGAAAUUAUGGUGUCUUUCAUAAAAGACGGGAGUAUACAGUUGUGGUCUAUGUAUUUUGACUCUUAGAUUUGCUUCAUUGGUGUAUACCUAUAUUCAAAAUGUUUGGCAACCUAUGGAGUGCAUCUGUAAAUUGAUUCAUUAUUAUAUAAUAUCGAGUAGUAAGAUGGUUAGUUUUCUAGUAUUAUUGUAAGUUAAAAGCUGAUGAACUUAGUGAAUUGUUUUGGAUGGCAGCUAUGAAGAGGUGUGUAUCUUAGAUAAAACCACUCAAUUUUGAAAAUGUGGAGACUUAAUAACUAAUAAAUGUUACUUAGUGCAGCAUCAGAUUUUAAGACUGUUAAAAUAUAUUUAUUUCAUUAUGAAAAGCUAUCAACCAUAACAAGAAACGCAGAAAUUGUCACAGAAACAUAAUUAAGUUCAUUUGUAGCUGUUUCCACGCUAGUGGAAGAGUUUCAGUAUCUGUGACGUACUUCAGUACAAGACCAUUUGAAUUUGGAGUAUACAGUGAAAUUAAACAAAAUAUUUAAACACAAAAGGGAAUAUUUAUGUAUCAUUGUAUAUUAAUAAUGUUUCAUUCAUCUUCUGUGUGUAAUAUCUCAUGCAAGCUGCAGUAUUUUCAUGUAGCAAUUAUAAUUUGAUCAGAAAUCUGAUGCCUAGAGAGUCAGGUAUAUCUGUUUUUGUUUUGCUCAAUUAAUGAAUCAGAAAAUUUUUUGCCCUUACACACACUUCUGUUUGCUAUAUCAUAUAUGUCUGUACAGAACUAUUUGUGUUUAUUUAAUCUUGCAAUCUAAGGUUAAGCGUUACAGAAUGUUGAAAGAGAAGGAUGGUGCAAGAUGUGCUUUCAUAUCUGACAUUAGCAUGGGUGUCUUGAAUUUGUUAGAAAACUUUUAUAUUUUAAAAAAUAUCAGGCAGUUAUACAUAUUUAUUGAAGAACUGCAUUUUGCACAACAUUUUUCCUUUUGUUCCAACAUAAUUUUUAUUAUAUAACAGUUAUUAAUUACAUCACUGAGUUCUUUGUAAAUGCAGUCAAAAUCUAAAAGUAAAUUAGUUUGCUAGAAUGGUAACUGUCUGUAUAUAUCUUUCAAAAAUCUAUGGCCGGAGAUAAGUAAGAAGAAAUGGAGAAAAUGACAUUGGCAAAAUGAUUUAACAAUGUGUGUGCAAAAAUUUUAGGCAGUGGCCUGUUGUGAAUAAUAAUGCCACAUUUAAAGUAGUUGAGCGAAAAUAAUAGAAUCUAGACAAAGACAAUAGGGUUCAGAAUUAGUGUCAGUGCAAUUAGUAGCUGAGGAAAGGAUAAAUCUUAUUAAUGCAAACUCAAACACACAGACUUGGUGCAAUAAAAUAUGUGAGAGAAAGCCAGUGGGAAAGAGUUAAUUUUGUAACAACUUAAUUAACAGUUUAAGUAAUUUGAUAAACAGAUGUCCAAUCUGUGUCAGUUGCUUGAGAUUUCGCUGUUUGAAUACUCCCUAAAACAUCUUUCACUAAAAUUUUUUCCUCACACUCAAAUUUUAUAUCUGUUUAGUGAAGUUCAGAGUGAAAUAAAAUAUUCAGCAAUUUUUAAAUUUAUUUUUAGCAUACAGUUAUCAUGCUGUUAUUAUUUUCAUUGCAAUUUCAGUGAAGUAAUGGUUAAUUUUAAAUGCUGUUUGCUGUGAAAGUUUCAUAACUGUCAUUCUUUAUCAUAAUUUCAGUUUACAAACACCUUCUUUUCCUAUCGUGAAGCAGGUUGUCUGAUUCAUAUUUGGGACACCCUCAGUUACAAAUAGGGAAUACCCAUCUAGUGCCUUUUUACCUUUUAUUUUCUUCUUUUUAAAAAGUUUGUCUACUCAUACAUAUCCAUGAUAAAUGUAAUAGAGAAUAAAUCUAGUUUCAUCAAGUUUUAAUAAAUUACGUCUAACUUUACUUUCCUCUUACCACAAUUAGCUCUGUAACAUAAUCCAAAAAGUUAAUGGUAUGAACAAUCUCUGUUGGUACUUUCAUUUUGUGAUUCAAAAAAUAGUUCCUGUGCAGUUGAAUCCAGUGUAUCUCAGUUAUAUUCCGCGUAUUAACGCCUAAAAUUUACAGAAAUUUUAUUAUAGCAAACCAUUCAUCAUAAAUAUGACUGUGAAUGAAGGGCUGGGUUUCAGUGCUGUUAAAAAGCAUCAAGGAUCAGAUUAUGAUGUCAGCAUGACACAACAGUAGAUCUUAAGUGACAAAGAAUUUGAUGUUAACAUAAAUUUAAGAUAGCAUUGACUGAGGACGUUACUUCAAGUAUAGGAGAGGAAGCAGAUGAUUUCCCUACAGUUGAGAGUGGUAUCUGCAAUCUGAUAUUUUACAAGUCAAGAGGUUAAAUUAACCUGCCUCUUUACUAGUUAAUAUUCUUGAGCUACUUUAUUUUUCUUUUAUCGGUGAUGUUUCCGAAUACCAAUUUAUGCCCAGUUCUUUUGCUACAGCAUAAUGUGCAUCACACCAUCUUUGAUAGUGAAAUACAAAUACUGAAAAUAUAGUGCAGUUAACUUAAAAAACUGAAAGAGUAUUAAAGUCUAUAAGUCUUACAUUAUUUUAAAAUAAAGUUACUUCAUGCACUGAUAAACGUCCUUCACUGUUUUGUACAAUUUUUUUAAAAAUAAGGUGUUAAACCUCUUGUGGACAGAGUAACAGUUCAGUUGGGCUUUAUUUUAUAAUUUUUACAAAUAUGUCACAUGCAGUGAGAGUUUACAUAAAAUACUGACAUUAUCUUUGCGAUAUUUCACAGAAGAAAUCAGUUUUAUUCAUAUUUUAUCAAAAUUACUCUUUCUAUUUUUUAUUAUAAAAAAUAGCUAAGGGCAAAUGAUUCCACUUUACAGUAACCUGAACUUCAAAUAUGAAAGUUCUUGGAGAAUUCACAAGAUCAUAAAUGUGUUUAAAUGUUUGUAAGAGUAAUGAGCUACUUUAAUGAAGACUGUGUUAUUACUAUUAUUAUUAUCAUUAUUACUGUUGUAAAACACUACAAAAAUUUGAGUUCUGCUGUUUGAUAAAGUCUGCUGUUUAACAUGAUGAUAAUGCAGAUCGUAGAAAAUAAAAGUUACAUAUACUUGAUCUGAAUUUAAUGAGCACUUAAAUAUUGUCAUUUUAAUGUAUAUAUAUAUGUAAAUAACUUACUCUUUCAGUGUAACUGUAUUGUUUUUGUGAUAAAAGAGUACAAAAAUGUUUUACCUUAUAACAAUGAUUUAUAUAGAAGUGGCAGAUUAGCGAGAUCUUCAGAAAUGCUUUUAAAAGUCGUAAUAAAAUUUAAAAGUCAAUGAGUUUUGCUUGAAGUUAUUGUUUUUUCUGUAAAACACUUUCUUCCAUGGAAAAAUAAAACUUCUUUAUUUGUGAA